AUGUCAUCGAUGCUCUUCAAAGACAGAGACAGGCCAAAGUCACAACAACGAAACUCAACGUCCAUCCUUACACGCUUCCCUGAAGAAGUGAAUGAACUCGUUACGGAGAUUGAACAAACACACAUUGAUUUAACCCCUGACAUCGAUUUGAUGAUGAAACCGGAUUCCCUUGUUGACUGCACCAAUAAAAUGAAUAGCUUUUGUUAUAGUUUACUCAAGUUGAUGCAGGUGGAGCAACUCUAUUUGUUCGAUGAAGUCUCAAAUUUGGCGGCCGUCUUGUUACACAAAGGCGAAGUUAUUAAAUUUGCACGAAUUCUCUGUAACGAGAUGGAAAAUUCCCACUUCAAAUUACUCCAAGUGAUGACUUAUAAAUUGGCAGCAAUUCCAGACUCCAGGUUUUGUAUUGAGUUCAUCUAUAGACUAGUUUCUUUGGACUCGAAUGAUAAGUACGUCCAACUCGCUGCGUUCUUCCAUAUACUAGUGCAAAACCCAGACGCUGUGUUCAAAUUGGAUUCCGUUGAACCAUUCUAUGUCGAAUCACCACCGUCAAGGGAGAUAACAGCGGCGUCAGUGAAUACAAUGUUUGACUUGAUCUUCGAGGACAGCUUCCACGAGCCGAAUUAUAUGAGGAAUUUCAUCUAUUUUAUCCCAUUCUUUCUGAAACACCGCGAGGCAUACGAGAUGAUGAUAUCAUACUAUAAUGCGUUUUGUGAAGACAACCCAACAGACCCAGAGAUGCAAGCUUUUGUGAGUUGGAAAUUUGUUCGAAUUGAAAGACUUGUGUUGUCGUGGUUGGACAUCAUGAGUACAAUGAUCAUGGAAGUGGAACCCGGCUUUUUUAAAGAGUUGGGAAAGACGCCAUUACUCGAAAGCCAGAAGCUGACUGAUAUCUUCAAAAACAAGUUCAGAACGUUUCUCAAGAUUGUGGACAAGAGCUCCACUGAAGAGGUUGAGGCAGUUCCAUUCAUGCAGACACAAGCAAGAGAUAUUCUGUUCAGCAUUGUUUCAACUGAGUAUGACGACCAACAACAAAUCAUGAUUUUACUACAAAGCUUUACAAUUGAGCCAUACUACUCGAUGGACUUGAAAUCAAAAACUGUUAAUCUGAUCCAACUUCAACCCGAAUUUUUGGCGGAACAGUUGAUCCUCUUUGAUUUGAAAGAGUUCCAAAAGGUUCACGCACAUGAUUUUUAUUUGUCACGAAAGGACUCGACAUUGAAUGGAUACACUCUUGCCUGCCAAAAGAUUGAGUAUUGGGCAAUGAGAGCCAUGGGGAUAUUGAGAAAACACAAACUGUGCGAAUACUUCAUCAAGGUCGCAAAGUUCUGUUUGGACAAGAAAGGGUAUAACAUGGCAUACUUGCUGUAUUCUACACUCACGCAGCAAACAAUUAAACGACCCGACGUCUGGUCUAAGGUAAAGAAGUCAAGACUACAGACUUUCCAGAAGUUGGAGGUGGUUUUUGACAUCAGGUCCAAUUACAAGAACUACCGAACGACGUGCGAUUUGGACAAUGGGAUACCAAUCAUGAUGAUAUGGAUGCACGAUAUAGUCAAUAUCAACUGCAUUCCAACUAAAUACGAAUCAACGGACUUCUACAACUUUUCGAAAUUGAGGGCUAUAGGGAGCUCCGUUGCCGCACUCCGAAACGCUCAAAGGGUCGAGUUCCAGUUCAAGCCUCACCCGACUGUCAUGAAGAUAUUAGACAAUAUCAUCGUUCCAGAACUGAAAUAA